AUGGGGUGCAAGUCGUGCCAGAAGCCCAAGGCUCAGCACCGGAAGGGGCUGUGGUCGCCGGAGGAGAACCAGAAGCUCCGUGACUUCAUCGUCCGUUACGGCCACAGCUGCUGGAGCACCGUCCCCGUCAAGGCCGCAGGGCUUCAGCGGAACGGGAAGAGCUGCAGGCUGCGAUGGAUCAACUACCUGAGGCCGGGGUUGAAGCACGGCAUGUUCUCCCGGGCGGAAGAGGAGACUGUCAUGAGCCUCCACGCCACACUCGGCAACAAGUGGUCUCAGAUAGCGCAGCACCUGCCGGGCCGGACCGACAACGAGGUGAAGAACUACUGGAACUCGUACCUGAAGAAGCGCGUCGAGGGCGCGCGGUCACCAGCCAAGUCCGCCGGUUCGGACGCGCCGCGGAGCCCGACGCCCAGCGACAGCGCCCGCGAACGCAGCACUGUUAACCAGCCGUCCAUCUCCGGCUCAUCCGGGCCGCUGGAGUCGUCGUCGAUGGCCGACGACUCGAGCAACCUCACAGUCCCCGGCGUUGUAGCCUCGAUCCGGCCGCACACGCCCGUGCUCCCCAAGGUCAUGUUCGCGGACUGGCUCGACAUGGACAUGGACAUGGACUACGGCACCGGCCUGAUGGCACCUAGCGCACUGGACGCGGCCUUCGACGGAAGCCCGGCGCAGCAGGGCGUGAGCCACCAGGGGGGCGUGCAGGUGGAUGGCAUGUGCGGCGCCGUGGACUCGUUGCAUGGGCUUGGCAACGAGGGCAUCUGUUGGGAGUUCGACGCCGGUCAGAUCCACAUGCAGGGAGGAGCAGGCUUGUGCGACCUGCUCUCCGUGAGCGAGUUCCUCGGGAUCAACUAG